AUGGAUCCUAAUUGGAGAGUUUUGAGCGGUGAGAAUAAGUGGAAGGGCUUGUUGGUUGAUCCAAUUGGCGAUGACUUUCGUCGUUACAUAAUCCACUACGGAGAAAUGGCUCAGGCGACUUACGAUGCAUAUGAUUCCGAUGAAACCUCAAUCACUGGCGGAAAUAGCAAGUUCCCCAUGGAAAAACUCUUCUCCCAGGUCGGCCUGGGAAAAGGACGUGCCAAGAAGAAUUACACCAUAACAAAGUAUUUCUACGCGACUUCUUCUUUUGCACCUUUUAACAAGGACACUAACUGGAUGGGCUAUGUCGCGGUUUCGACGGACCAAGGGACAAAGGAGGCCGGGAGGAGGGACAUCGUGGUUGCUUGGAGAGGAACAAACGAGGAUUCUGAGUGGUUGAACAAUGUUGGAAUUUUGCAACAACCUGCCUCCCUGAUAUUUGGAGACCUAGAAGAGGACGACAUCCCCUGGGUUCAUGGAGGUUUCUACCUAAUGUACACCUCAAACAAUCCCGAUUCAACAUUUUCUAAUAUCAGUGUUAGAGAUCAGGUUCUUCAAGAAGUUUCACGUUUAGUGUCCAUGUACAAGAACGAGAAGAUUAGUGUGGUUGUGACAGGCCAUAGUCUUGGUGGAGCGCUUACAACUCUAAACGCAAUCGAUAUAGCAAGAAAUGUUUUUAAGAAUCAAGACGACCAUUCCAUAACUAAUUUAGUGACUGCCUUUGCAUUUGCAAGCCCUCGCAUUGGAGGAUCAAUGCUUAGGGAUUCAACUGCCUCCCUCAAGAAUCUUCAUAUACUCCGUAUAGAGAACAAACCUGAUGCGGUGCCUGACUUCCCAAACAUCGGUUAUAGGGACGUGGGACAAGUUCUAUUCAUGGACACGGAAGAGUCCGAGUUCCUAAAAAGAAAAGGUUUUAUAAGUUCGAAAGGUAUGGCUCAUAACAUGGAGAUAUAUCUGCAUGGAGUCUCAGGAACUCAAGGAAUAAAAACCGAGUUUAAGAAGGUGGUGGAAAGGGACAUUUCGUUGGUUAACAAACAUGGUGAAAAUCUCGUUGACAUAUAUGGUGUGCCGGUUGCAUGGUGGGAUCAGGUCGACAAGGCCGGGAUGGUUCAAUUAGAAGAUGGGUUGUGGAAAUUGAUCAUCAAUAAGAAAAAUCUUGUUAGCAAAUUGUAA